UACCCUUUACAGGGGAAUCAGUUCACUACCACAAAUGCACUAACAAAAAAGGCAUAUUCUAUGUGAAGAUUAAAGUAACUCGUGAUUUGCAUGGAAGGUGUUUGAUGGAAUGACUGAAAGAGAAUUUAAUGGAUUGUGGAAAAAUUUCAUCUUUUUGGAUGUAAAAGGAAUGUAAAAUGAGUACUGUAAAAGAUAAGCUAUGCUAUGCUGUAAGGGCCCAGAAAUGGGAAAACAUGAAGAAAUGUUCUUUUUUAUAAACCACAUUAAUGCAGCUUUUGCCUAAAUAAAGAAAGGCAUAAGCAUUUCUUGUUGAGUUAAUAUGGUAAUGUUCAUGUUUAUUUACAGGGUUUUCACUUGUCUUUUGCUGCUGUUAGUCAUUUUUGAGGUGGCUGUAGAACAAGCUACGCAAGGCCCUCUACGCAGAAUCUGUACAACAACUUUAUAUGAUGAAAAAUUGCCAAAUAUACCUCCUCUUGCGAAAGAAGAUGAGGAUGUCAUCAAUGAUCUGCUUGGGUGUUCUGGGGAAAGAUUAUCUCCAAGUUGUUAUAUUGAAUCAAAUUCCGUUACUUGCGAUUGUUAUCCUGAGGACCAUAAAAGAUGUCGAGUGGUGUACAUAGAUUUCUCCUAUAGUCAAUUACAAGGUGUGAUCCCUGCAAAGAUUGGAAACCUUCAAUAUUUAAAAACGCUAUAUUUGAAUGGAAACAAUUUGCGUGGAUACAUUCCUGAAUCAUUCAAAAAACUGGAUAAUCUGUCGGAAUUUUCUCUCUGUGAUAACUUAUUGGAAGGAGCCAUUCCACCUUUCUUUGGUCAGAUGUCGUCUGUAAAACAAAUAUAUUUGUGCAAAAAGUUGUUCAACCAAACAAUUCCUCCGGAAUUGGGUGCUCUCCCAUCGUUGGAAUAUUUAGACUUGGGUUAUAACUUCUUAUCAGGGAAAAUUCCGGCUGAGCGGGGAAAUAUUAAGAGCCUCAUUGGAUUGUACCUCUCUGAUAAUCAACUCUCGGAUGUACUCCCGGGCCAGCUUGGAAAUCUUGUGAAUCUUGAGGAGUUGAAAUUGCAGAACAAUGAAUUUAUUGGUUCAUUACCGGCGAGCUUCAAGAAUUUGAAUAAACUGACAUAUUUCAAUGUGCGAGGGAACAACCUCAAUGGAGCAAUCCCAGAUAUUUUCGAGCAGUGGCAAGACCUUCAUAUCAUGAAUCUGAUGGGGAAUAAUUUUUCUGCACCAUUGCAUGGCCAAUUCUCAAAGCUGAAGAGUCUAACAGAACUGCAUAUCAGUAACUUAAUUGGAGGAAGCUCGUCGUUUCCAGAUUUAUCUGGAACAAAAUUUUUGAGACUUUUGACAUUGAGGAAUUGUUCAAUAGCUGACCGCAUCCCCGUUGGACUAUGGAAUUUACCUGGCCUACAGUAUCUGGACUUGAGUUUCAAUAGUUUGUUUGGUGCAAUUCCAGAAGUUGUUGACAACUCACUGGUUUAUAUAUAUCUAAGAAAAAAUAAUCUCAAUGAGACAAUUCCAGCUUGGAUGAAUGCUAAUUCAUACGUGGAUGUUUCUGAAAACCUUUUCAGAGAUGUGAGCAUUAACCCCGGGCAGACGCUAAACCCUGACUUGAAUCUGUUCAAGUGCUGCUCCAACGAAAAGGAUAAGGUUGCAAAGCAGGACCAAGUUGAUUUCGAUUGUAAGAAUGGAACUCAGUUUUAUGACCGUUUGUAUAUAAACUGCGGUGGUGAGUCUGUAUCAGUUAACGGAAGAGUUUAUGAAGCUGAUGUAAAUCCACGUGGUGAAUCAACUUUCUUCAGUAGAUCAAAUUGGGGCUAUAGUAGUAUGGGAAGCUUCUUAUGGGCAAGUCGUAAUGAGUACAUUCUAUAUGAUUGCCAAAUCCAAGCUGGUGAUGCACAAUUGUAUAGCUCAGCACGUUUAUCCCCAAUAUCCUUGAAAUAUUAUGGAUUUUGUUUGAAAAGUGGUGUGUACGACGUGAAGCUUCACUUUGCUGAAAUAUCUAGUAGCGAGAAUAAAGUUUCGCAUAGCAAAGCAGGACGUCUGUUUGAUGUAGAUAUCCAGAUAAUAUUUAUGCAGGGGGAAAAUGUGCUGAGAAACUUCAACAUAGAAAAGGACGCGGGAGGUGUGAAUAUGGCUAUAACAAAGGAAUUUACUUGUGUGCUGAAUAACAGUCUGGAGAUUCACUUAUACUGGUCUGGAAAAGGAUCUGUCUUAUACCGAUCAGAGUACUAUGGGCCCCUUAUAUCCGCAAUUACAGUAACUCCAGCUCGUGAAUCAAAUCUGUCCACUGGAGCGCUUGCUGGAAUUUCAGUAUUUGCAUUACUUCUUCUAACUACAUUAUUCAUAGUUUUUUCCUGGAGAUUCAAAGACAUAUGGCAGGGAGAGCUAGAACUUGUUGAAUUGUACCCUGGAGGGCUUUACAACUAUCAGAAAAUUAAAGCUGCCACAAAGAAUUUUGAUACUGCGAACCGGAUUGGUGAGGGGGGUUUUGGGACAGUCUAUAAGGGCACACUUUCAAAUGGGAUUGCCGUCGCAGUUAAAAAGCUUUCAAGAACAAAAGAAGGAAUGUGGGAGUUUGUGGAAAAGAGUCGUGCAAUUGCUGGCAUGAAACAUCCGAAUCUUGUAACACUAAUGGGAUGCUGUCUAGGAAACAACCAACUUCUGCUUAUCUAUGAGUACAUUGGAACCAACACUCUUGAAGAUGCAUUAUUUGGUCAUACACAGCGCCAAAAGUUAAAGAUCGCCCCUUAGAAGUGAGCGCGGAUGUGUAUAGCUUUGGAGUUGUCACACUUAUAAUUGUCAGAGGAAUGAAAAUCAAGAACCCGAGGCCAGGUGGUGAGACUGAAUACCUCGUGGAUGAGGUGACUGAAACUCAACCAACUCCAAUAGUUAUGUACAUUACUUUAGGAAACUAGAGAAAGUUAUUGGCUUUAAUCGAUUACUAUAGGCACAAAAAAAGGAUCAGAGGGGAACUUUAAUGGAACUCGUUGAUCGUAAUCUGAUGAGCUAUGACUGGGAAGAAACAGAGAUGAUUCUACAAUUAGCAAUCCAAUGCAUAGAUUCUCCGUCAGUCAGACCAACCAUGUCUAAAAUCGUGAAGAUUUUAAAGAAAGAACCCUUAAUCGAGACCAUUUUGAUCAAACCAGAGGAUUUUUAAUUUCUCCAUGUAGCAGACUCAAAUGUGCUUCUCGUGACCACUACAAUAUCCCGGCAAAGAAGGUUGAGAAAUCAUGUCUUCACAGAGAGAGAAAAAGUAAAGGAGUACCGUAUUUGCUUUAACAAUGCGCUUGACCAGGGGCGGAGCUAGAACCCAAGUGGUAUGUUUGUCCUAAAUCUUGUAUUUGUGUUAUGAGAUUCACUGAAUAUGUACAUAUUUUAAAUUUAGAAUCCGGUUAUUAGCACUUGAAGUUAUUAUUGUAAAUUCAGAAGUCAUAAAAUUCAAAUGCUAGAUACGCCUCGGUGCUUUGACUAGUGUGCAAGGAUUUGAUAUUUAAGGGGCUUGCCAGGUUAUGUA